AUGCGUUCACUCAUUUGGGCCCUGGGCCUUUCUGGCACCGCUGCAGCAGCAGCUGUCAGUACCACAGUUGCCAACGACCACCACGCCACAACGACGGCGCCGCAGCCGCAUUCCACGGAGGAUACGCCUUGUGCCAUUGCAAAAUCACGGGCUGAGGCUUUCAUGUCGGCGGAGCCCGAGGCGACAAGGGCUUUUGUGCUUCCGUCGAUAGCCUACAACUGUCUCAAGUCGAUUCCAGUCGACAAGGAAAAUGAUAUGGGCCUCCUCAACUAUUUGGAACCCUAUGUUCAAUUCCAAAGUACACUGGAGCCUCUCGCGGCCCCUCCUGACUUUUAUCUCAUUCCCGGUGUAGAUGUUUUGUCUGGAUUCGGCCAGAUCCGAGCGAAGCUCACCAACGACGAGUAUGACAGUCAAGUGGAUUUUGCACUUGAGCUGUCUUACUUGUUCAUCCAAGCCUCAGAUGGUCAUUUCGUGUACAAACCCGCUAUCCUGGACGUUUUCCAGUUCGGCAGCCUUUCAUCCGUUGUGUCUGUGGCCGACAACGCCACUGCUCUUCCUAGAGUCUACCUUCGGAGUGACUUUGAGCAGUAUGUCGCCAAUGACACUGAUGUGUACGACAUCGAAAGUAUCGAUGGUGUCCCAAUCGUGGAAUUCCUCGAGGCGCAGGCAUGGCGCGCGCUCAGCCAAGAUCCCGAUGCCCAGUACAACUCAUUAUUCGUCAACCCCGCGCAGCUCGCAAUGGGAUCUGGGGAUGGAUUCAGCCCCAGAUUCCCUGGCCAGUCCCCCGAUGUCCAGGUGAUCAAAUUCACCAACGGCACGACCUUUAACGACACUCUUGUUGCCUCGAUCUCGGUGAAGGCUGUCGACUAUAUCGGCUCUGCUGGGGUGAUCCACGAAUACUUUGAGCUGCCUGUCACAGCGACCCCUACCUCGUCAUCCUCGUUGAGCUCUACAGCGUCAUCUACAUCAUCAGCGACGCCGACAAGUACCCAGCUGAGAGGCUACCCUGUACCCGUUGUCAAGCACGCUCAUGACUGGAUCUCUGGAUACUUCAUGAACGGUAGUGAAUACGAAGACAUCGCCGUGCUUUCCAUCCCCGCCUUUUCUCCGUGGACAAUUCCGGAGACAAAGAUCAACGGUACUUUCGAGACGCUUGAGGCCGAGUCAGUGGUGUCGGAGUUCUUGCAAAAGGCUAAGGACGCUGGCAAGACAAAGUUGAUCAUCGACAUGCAAGCAAAUCCCGGUGGCCUCAUCUUUGCCGGAUACCAGCUCUACAACCAACUGUUUCCCAAAGCCGACAUCUGGGACGGGAACCGCCUUCGUGCCCACGCCGCUCUGGAUGCUCUCGGUACCACAGCUGAGAAGGUUGCUCCAGAGAUUCUUUCAGACGCAGUCACCUCUGUCUACAACGAGAAUCAUGAGGCAUACGAUUCUUGGGCUGACCUUUAUGGACCGCAAUUCAUUGGAGAACAGAAUGUGACCCACCUCCUGAGAUACAAUCUCAGCGAAGAAUUCGACUUCAGCACGCAGGAGCAAGUUUUCGAUGCUGAAAAUAUUGUCGUCGUUACAGAUGGCCAGUGCGCGUCGACCUGCACAAUCUUCACUGGCCUGCUGGUUCGCGAGCAGGGUGUCCGAUCCAUCACCCUUGGCGGCCGCCCCAUGGAGUCGGCAAUGCAGGUUAUUGGUGGUGUAGAGGGCGCUCAAGUGCUCAACUUCAUCAACCUGCAGCAGUUCGUUGCGCAGGUCGGCCUCAACGCUUCUCAGAGUAACUUUACAGAGUACCUCGAGGCUGCCUUCGAUGUGCUUCCCAGUAUUGAAGAGCCACCGUUAUUGCCUGCUCUCGCAGAGGCCGGAUCCUUCAACUACCGUAACGCGUACGCACGCGGCGACUUCAACGGUUAUCCGGAACAGUUCAAGUACGAGGCAUCAAACUGCCGUCUAUUUUAUACGGCGGAGAUGAUUGUCGAUCCGGUUGCUAUCUGGAAUACUACGGCGCAGACUGCAUGGGGAGGCGGCCAGUGUGUAAACGGUUCCACUGCCAACGUCAACAAUACUAUCAGUAGUGAUGUUGUUGGCUUUGACAAGAAAGUUUUGAGUACUGUUAAAGCCUAUGACGGACCGGGCAGUCUAUCUUUCAAGGGCGACUACGAGGGACCCCAACCGUACACCCAGAAGUCCAGCAAGCGGUCCAUUAUGGAUCACUUGACGCCCGCUGAGGACUUUGUCUAUGAGGUGAAGCCCAAGAUGGCCUCGGUUUGA